AAUGAAGCUGCAAAUAUGCUAAAGGAACGCACGAAAUCUAAUGGCCCGGCAAAUAACGUUAUUGUUGCAAUUGCAGCAGGGAUGGCUCUGGAUGACCACUUAAAAGACCUUAUAAAAGAUUUGAAGGAAUUCAAGAUUAAAGUAGCGACAAUCAAUUAUCCGAGCAUAGUUCUGGAAAACACGUUGGGCUUAUUAGCAAAGGAGACAGGUGGAGCUGACUAUGCAGUUUUUGAAGAGAAGCUCAACGUUGAUACAACUUCACUAACAACUUACUUCGAACUCCACAAUAUUUUAUAUGAUAUUGUAGUAAAAUUCAGUUCCGUCAGCCGUGAUGGUCUUCCAAUUGAAAUUCAUCGUAGGGAAAUUACUGAUGAUGGCAGACUUUCUGUCACAGGUAGCUUUAUGCUGGAUUCUAAUAUGGGGGAACCUGCUCAGUUCACAUUAUUCACACAUAAUACAGUGACUCCAUUGAUCAAAGGGUUGAAAUUGAUCAGUCCAAGCCAUCAGAUUUUUACCGACAGGAAUGACAAAUUCAUUGACUUCAAAAUGAUCACUUUGAACACAAAUAUUUCUGAGGUGGGAACCUGGACGUAUACUGUUGAACCCUAUCAAGGUAAUCCACAACCCCACUUCAUACAGGUGAUGGCAACUCCUCAAGGAGUUUUUGCGCCAGUUAUCCGGGCCAACUUUCGAACUCAUAGAAAUUCUCCAGGAAGUCCUCUAAUUUUACUGGUUGAAGUAAAGUAUGGCGAUUUACCCAUUUUAGGAUCAAAAGUUGAGGUUACAGUCACUAAAGUUGGCAUGAAUGGGUCCAAAUCAGAAAAGUAUAAAAUAGAACUCCUAGAUAGCGGGUCUGGUGACCCUGAUAUUACUAGAGGCGAUGGUAUUUACACACGAUAUUUUAGUACUUACGAGGGCGGACCUGGACUAUACACAUUUGAAGUUGUUGUUGAUGACAAUGGCAACACGGCGUAUACAUGGAGUAAUAAUUCGAUAAAAAACGGAAAUGAUGAGUGCUGUGGUAGUUCCAUAAUGUCCAGUAAUGUGCAACCAGUUUCGCCUUUUCAACGAGUUCUACCGAAGAUUUCACUCAAGAUAACGUCGGACGAUCUUUUCUUGUCCAAAUCAUCUUCAGUCGGCCGCAUCGGAAAUUUAAAGACUGAGAUUAUUCCAGACGAUCUCAAAGUACGAUUGUCUUGGACAUCCCCAGAUAUGGCUGGAGAGAUGGUUUCAAAGUAUGAGAUUCGAUAUGCUGAUUCCGUUUUAGACAUCCUAGACAAAUUCGAAACUAAUUCAGAGUUAUGGGAUGAUGGGCAACCACUUCCUCUGGCACCUGGAUCUGAAACAACAUUCACCUUAGACUUCAAUAAAAAAACUGAUCUUCUUGAUAGGCCGCUCUAUUUUGCCAUAAAAGCAUAUUCAAAAGUUACGACAAAUUUGUCGUCACCUAUAUCAAAUUGGGUGAGAAUUUUUAUGCCGGCCCCUUCUUUACCCUCUACCACAUCGACAACAUAUCCCUCUAUCGAACAAGCAGUUUGGCCAAAUAAUGCACUAGGAAAAGAUUCUAUUAGCACGAGUAUGGUAAAAAGUAUGCCAGUAGGUUUGGAACUCAUACUACCUGUCGUUAUUGGUUUGAUACUCUUAUUGAUAUUAUCGAUUUUGUAUUGCUAUUUCUGUAUUAUCAAGAGGAGAGGAAGAAAUGGUGACAAAAAAACUGCCAAAGAAACUACUCUCAGGAAAGAUAAUUUAAGCUCGACAAUCACAAUAGUACCAAGUUCUCCUCCGAAUGUUUCACAAAAUUUAAGUUCAAGUUAUGUCGGUGUUGAUUCAGAUUCCCAUCAGAUAUGUCUUCCUGCGAAUAACUACGGAUACGAGGAAGACUCUAAAAAACGUUAUUCACUCGUGAAUCAACAAGAGCACCAACUUAUUGAAGAAUUGAAGCAACAGCAACAAUUGUAUCAGCAACGAGAUGAUUAUGGAGGAGUUAGUGUUAUUUCUGUUAAUACAGUCAACAGAAAUCAACCAAUUCUGAGCCCGUUCAAUUCUUGGAGUGCAUCACAACUUUUACAUGAGCAUGAGAGAAGGCGCAGUCCACUGGAUUUGAUGGAUCAGGAUCAACAAGAAAUGUCAAAUGGAGACCUAAUUUCAAAUCACGAUCAUUUGAGUUCAAAUGGACAUCAAGUUCAAGAGCAUUAUCCACCACCUGUUCCACCCCUGCCAAUAUUCAAUGAUAACAGGUACCCAGUUAACUACGAUGUAUAUGGUCUUCAACAAACUGGCUUCCCACAAGAUCAUUCCAUCUAUCAAAGUAUGAAUAGAAGGGAACAAUUCAAUUCCAAUAUACAGGGCUCUAUGAGCUCAGUCAAUUCUGGAGAGAAAAAAAUAAGGAACGUGACAAUGGUAUAACAUUGUGUUUCGAUAAUACGAACUAUAAGUGUGAAUGAAUAUGAGACUUACACUACUUCAUGAAAGUAGAAUGUUUUUGUAUAUUUUGUGUAUAUUUUUUUCACUAGUCAAGUAAAAUAUUGCAGAAAAAUGAGCCAUUACUUAAUAAUUAGUAUACAAUUAUUUUUUGAACAUUGUUUUUGUAUAAAUAUUUUAAUUGAGACUGAUUUCACUACUUGAUUGUACUAUUCCUUUGAUUUAAUUGACUUAGGGUCUUACCAAUAGAAUUGUAAAUAUUUCCCGACUGGCAAUCACCAGUACAUCACGCCCAUAAAUGGAUCAAUAAUG